AUGCUGACAGACAAGAUAGUUUGUGGAGGAGAUAGAACCAUGUGGUCUAAACCAGACUGUCAAAGGUUAUUAUCCCAGAUAGAUGCUGCAAGCAACAAAAUGUCAAGUGCAAUUGUAAAGGAGAGCCACCGACUGAAGGCAUGGGGUGUCCUGGGAGAAGGAACUGGAGCUCACCUUGUUAACAAAGAUAAAACCAGGCUGCUCACCAAGGAGGAGCUCAUGGGUCCAGAUGGCUCCAUGAGGGCACUUGAUGCUGUGUGCGUAGAUCCUACCACUGGGCUCUUAACUCCCGACCCAGAAUGCGUCAUGCUGCUGGCAAAUCACUGCCUUGUGCCUGUGUCUAGAGAUCUCUUUCUGCACCCAGAGACUGGAAAGGUGCUCCCUGUGGCUGGUAACAUUGGCUAUGAUCCCAUUAGCUCUAAAGUAGUCUGCACUGUUGACUCUACUUCAGAUGAGCUGCAUAAGUCUGGAGCACCCAUAUUCCCCUAUGUCCCAUAUCCCAUCUGUCCCAGUACGGGUUUGCCCGUGAAGACUAACCUGCCAGUUCUCCACCCGGAAAAAGUUUUUAAGCUGGGAGGACUCAUGCGAGAUCCAGCCACAGAAAUAGAGGUGCCAGUGCUUGCAGUUACCAUCCAUCCCCAAACAAGGCAAAAGCUGUCCUUGGGUGGGACAUACCUAAAUCCCCUUACAGGAACAGUGACACCACUCCAACUUGGAGGGCCCAUGAAUGAGCCCAAGGGAGGAAAAAUUGUUCCAAUUCUUGGAGUCCAUGUGGACAGUAACACAGGAGAUGUAAUCCCAGUGGGGGGGCUGAUGGGACCCUCGGAGAGCCCGAUUCUUCUUGGGGACUCCUUCUCUGAGCCUCUGAGUGGGAAGUCUGCACAUGUGCAUGGUGCUUUCCUUCAGCAAGAUACAGUGCUGCCUCACGCCGGAGGAUACAGGGCCCUGCUGGAAGCCAGCAUGCUUGUAGCCCAGAUGCACGUGGUUAAAACCCUGCGGCAGUACCAGGAUUCAAUUUGUGAGGAUUUGUCUGUCACUGUGGACAGGCAGAGAGUCCUGAAGGCUGCCAUAGAAGACAUGAAGAAGACAUUAUCUAUCAGGCUCCAUCGUGACAUGCACUGGCUGCAAAGUCUGGAGACACAACGAGACAUAGCUUCGAGCCUCAAAAGCAAUGGUGGCAAAUUGGGGAUGAUCAAAUAUCCUGGCACAGAGAUGUGGAUCCCAGCUGUGUUUGGAGUGACAAUCCCAGACCCCGGUGGCUCAGGUUUGAUGGUGCCUGUCUUGGGAAUAGAACCUGACUGGAACACCGGGCUCCCAGCCCCGCUGGCGGGAACGAUGGAAGAUGCUGAUGGAAAAGGUCUUGUCCCCAUCACCGUUGGUGCCAGAACAAUCGAUCCCGUCACAGGGAAGCCUGGCCCGGUUAUAGGUGUUCGAACCAACCCUUGGACAAACACGGUAGUUCCUAUAGUUCAGUCAUUGGGAGCUUUACCAAGAGGAGCAGCAGACCCAGAUCUGCUGAAUCUCCUGGAAAAUGAGAUAAAUUCCAGACAAAACUAUUGGCACUGCCAGAGAAAGAAGGAAGAAUACCUUCAGAAAGAGCUGAACUUUGUAUUUCUCGACAUCCUUGAUGCUGUAGAGGAAGGAAAGGUCAAAAAGAUCAGAUACAAGGAGAAGUUAAAGGACAUUGAGGAAAUGUGCCAUUUCCUUGAGGAAUCCUCUCUGCAGGAAGCUCAGAGGAGAACUGCUCGGGACUUGAGCAGCUUACUGGGCUUGGAGCUAUCUUUGCAAUGGAAAGUCAACAGAGAUGAGAGGGAACAAGAAGUGAAGCUUCUGCUGGUGAUCAGAAAGAUGCUGGAAAAACUGUUGGAGUUUAUUAAAAAGAUGCAGCUGGCGGAAAGCCGGGUGCAAAUUCAGCUUAAGGAAAAAGAACAGCAGAGGAGCAAAAGCCCGAAUGCAGAGACAGCGAUGAGCCUCAGACCCAGGAAGGCAACACUCCAUCUCCUUGCUGAAUUUCAGGAGCAUAUAAAGAAACAACAGGGCAGCGUGGAGUUUGCAUAUGGCAGGCUGGAGUAUCUCAGGGAGCUGUCGAACAUCCAGGCCCUGCAGGCAAAGGCUCGUCUCUCUGGGACACCACAGUGUUUUGAGAGCUACCCGGGGACCAGAUUUUACAGUUUUGCAGGCGUCCCCCAGGGCGCAAGUGAAGUUAUCCAUCAAAAGCUGAUUCCUCUGCUGAAGUCUCUGAUUCAGACGCUGGGGGAAAGCAAAAGGAGUCCUAUGUCUCCUGAGAUGCUGGUUCUGGGGUCAGAUAAAGGCUAUUGCUCACAGAGCACUUUAAAGGCCUCAACAGCUCAUUCGGAGGCAUUCCUCGCUUGCAGUGGCCCCGAAGUCACUCCACCUACCCUGCUUUCACCUCUCCAGCCCUCUUCAUCCCCAUCGAAGAUCCCACACAUACAGCAAGAAGUCCAGACAAGGUUUUUCUUGGAGAAACAUGCCAGUGAGUUGGUGCACCUAGAGCUGUCCUUAAUGACAGAGGAAAUAAACACAAUCUGCUCCUUUUAUGAAUCAUCCAAAGCUCUGGAAAAGGAAGAGCAUAAAGAAAGCCGGAAUGUGAAAAGCAAUAAAGAGAUGGCAAUGGGCAGGAAGUGGGACACUCUUUUGCAAGACCUGGCUGAAUGCCACCAGGAGGCUGAACAAACCCUGUGCCAGAAGCACUGGGAAGACAUCAAGAAUUCAGGGCUCAGUCUAGAUGUAGGAACACCCAAAGACAGCUUGCAUUUCCUAGAAGAAAUUCCACAUCACUUCUCAUUGCUUGAUCCUGGGUCACGAAUUUCUGAUUCCCACAUCAGAUCAGACGUUGCUAAAGAACAAGAAGCAGCCUAUUCAUUGGAAGAAAAGUUAUUUCCAGACUCAACAACUCAAAUAUUACAGGCUUCAGCAGUCAAAAUAGUAAAGCUGGAAGCUAUGAAACAAGUUUGUCUGUAUAGAGUGCUGGAUCUCUACAAUGCUCUCCAGAGGCAGGUCUGCCCAGAGGGUGUGUCAAGGAUCCUAAACCAGUUGGAGUACAGAGCUGCAGGAGAAGCAGUCGCUCAGGAGGUAGCCCAGGCUGUGGAGAAGCAGCAAGUCACAAGAGCCAUGGCUUUUCUCCAAAAGCACCACCAAGAGAGGGAUUUGCUCAUUGGAUUAAAGGAAGAGUCAGAGGGUAAACUGAGGCAUCUGCAGAAACAAUUCCAAAUGGAGCUUCAAAUGCAAACAGAAGAAAAGCUGCAGACCAAAGAAAUGCAAGUGAUCCACAAAGCUGAAAGACAGGAGUUAAGAAACCAUGUUGAGCACCUGAUAUAUUUUAUCCUGUCUCAGAGGCACCUGCGGCAAACAGUAAUAAUGCUACAAGACUGCUUCAGGCUCCAAACAAUGAAUGAGAGAACGCAGAGUGAAGACGGGCAUCUGGAGGAGCUGGCCAUAGAGGAGCCAUUGCUCGAUGAUGAUCUUAAGAGUAUUUUGCAUCUCAUGAAAGAUCACACGGAGCACAGAUCAUCAGUCCUGGAGCUGAAACUAGCUGCCAAAUUGUUGCAGCUGAGAGAGAAACAAUAUAGAGAAGUAGCCCGUGGCCUGAAAGACCAUUCUUUGGACAAGGCUGUGGAUGAUGCUAACACAGCAACUGAUGGACUGCGGGAAUUCAGAGAGCAGACAAUAAGGAGAUUGACAGAACAGCUGAAAAUAGCCAUGGGCAAUAGAAGAACUAGGGAAAACACCCCAAGCCUCCUUCAUCCAGUGCAGAUCAAAAAACCCACCCUGGAAGCAGAAAAUAAAAGAGGAAAAAGGGAAGAGAGAUGGGAGAUUUUCCAAGAGAAGCAGCUGGAGCUGGAAGAAUCUGACAGAUGGCAAAUAUCAGAUGAAGGAGCAAAGCUGCAGGAUCAACUGGAGCGUGGAGACCUAAAGAGCUGGAUGAUGCAUAAACUGGUGAAAGAACACAAUGACACCACGGCCUUCUCAGAAAAGGCUUUCCAACAGGACUUGGAGAAGCUGCGAAUGAGGCCAGAGCAGGAGGAGAAUGAGAAAGAAGGGAAACAACCAGAAAAAGACCCCUCUUCAUCUUCAUCUACCUCCUCACACACCCAAGAGAAACCUAGCCAGGCAUGUGACCAGGUUGUAGCGCUCUUUGCAGAGAGUAUCAAAAUACUGAAGCAGACUGAAAAGGUGAUGGCCUCAAGGAUUAGCCUUCUGAAUCCUCAGUUCUUGUGUGACCCCAAUAAAGGCAAACACCUAAAUACCUCUCCGCUCCUCACACUCUUGAGAGAUGUGAAUGACCAGCUCCAAACUCAUGCAAAGGCAGCAGGGCUGCUGGAAAGCCAGCAGGAGAAAGGCACAGGAAGUUCUUUCCGGGACAUAUCGGACGUUCUGAUGACUCAUAAAGGGAAACUUAAACCAGUUCAUCCCGAAGCCCUUUCUGCAAGAGAGUUUGUCAUAUACCAGUAUGGCAUCUCCAUCCUACAAUUUCUACGACUUCACAUCAAUGCUCCGGAAAUUAACCUCUGCAUUGCCACCAGCAUACCUCGCAGUAAUGCUGUGGGCAACGCUUUCCAAAAUUCCUUCUUUUACCAGAAUUUCGAGAAGAAAUUAUUUGUUUUAAGAGAGUGUCUGGGCUCUGUGGGUAGCUUCCUUCUGCUGCUGGUGCAUUGUCUGGCUCACAUCACUGCCGCUGACCUCAGCCAGGACUCCAGCCCAGCCUUUCUGAGACUGUUUUAUCAGGCAUUAAAGGCCUGUCUCAGUGAAACCUUCUCUCUCAGACUCCGGAUGUCAGCACUUCUGCAGGACAAUAAAUCCUCUGAGAGGAUAAGUGAGAUUCUGCUGAAGGGAGAACCACUCGUGGAAGGGAACAUAAAUCUUCUCUCUCAGCUUUUUGAUGCAAAAGUUGAAUCAUCCACAGAGACUGAGACCUCUGAGGAGUGUAAGAGGAACCUCUUGCUCCAUGCAAAUCUUGAGGACUUGCUGAAGAAUACACUGUCCGGAAAGAAAAGGGAACAUUUCAUCCCCAGCUCAGCUGACUGCGAAGAGAAGAGCACUGCUGGGAGGACAAGCUUGCGAGAAGAAAACUGCUCUUCCUUCAGUCCUGCAGAAAUGGAAGAGAAGCUGGACGCGUUAACGGAAGAGCUGGUGAAAAUCAUGGAAGAGGAGCAUCACUAUUUAAGCAGUGCUGCCAAUGAUGAUUUGCCCUUUGAUCAUCUAGAAAUAAUUGGUUUGGAGAAGGACUGUCUGGUAAAGCAAAUAGAAAUGUUAGAGGGGAAAAUAGCAGAAGGCAGAGGUGGGUUAUGGUAACGUUAU